CCAGGCUCCUGAGCCUGGCGAUUGACGUUUCGUUCGGUUCUGUCCCCCGACCCGCAGCAGGAACCCUUACAUUCGCCUACCAGCGCCAAGCAGCUGGCUUGGGCACCCACUAGGAGUUCACCUGCAGGUUUCCGUAGAUGAUGAAUAAACAGUCCUGCCUGAAGAACAUCUGUGGAAACCUUGACCAUGGCAUCGAUAUCAGAACCUGUAACAUUCCGAGAAUUCUGCCCUUUGUACUAUCUCCUCAAUGCCAUUCCCACAAAGAUCCAGAGGGGCUUUCGCUCUAUUCUGGUCUACCUCACAGCCCUGGAUGUUAAUGGAGACUACAUUGCAGUGGGCAGCAGCAUUGGCAUGCUCUACCUGUACUGCCGGCACCUCAACCAGAUGAAGAAGUACAACUUUGAAGGGAAGAUGGAGUCUAUCACCGUGGUGAAGCUGCUGAGCUGCUUUGAUGACCUUGUGGCAGCAGGCACCGCCUCUGGGAAGGUGGCAGUUUUCCAACUUGUGUCUUCAUUGCCGGGGAGGAACAAGCAGCUUCGGAGAUUUGAUGUCACUGGUGUUCAUAAAACCAGCAUUACAGCUCUGGCUUGGAGCCCCAAUGGGAUGAAGCUGUUCUCCGGAGAUGACAAGGGGAAGAUCGUCUACUCCUCUCUAGAUCUAGAUCAGGGUACCUGCAGCUCACACCUUGUGUUGGAAGAGCCGUCUUCCAUUGUGCAGCUGGAUUACAGCCAGAAAGUGCUGCUCGUGUCGACCUUGCAGAGAAGCCUGCUCUUUUACACAGAGGAACAGGCUGUCAAGCAGAUUGGAUCCCAGCCACGGAAAAGUACUGGGAAAUUUGGUGCUUGUUUUAUACCAGGACUGUGUAAGCAAAGUGACCUCACCCUGUAUGCAGCCCGGCCUGGGCUACGGCUGUGGAAGGCCGAUGUCCAUGGGACGGUUCAAGCCACGUUUAUCCUCAAGGAUGUCUUUGCUGGAGGAGUCACACCUUUUGAGCUCUACCCUCGCCUGGAGCCUGAUAGGGGAAGCUGCAGCUCACCUGAGAAACACCUGGGGCUCGUUUCGUGCUUCUUUCGAGAAGGCUGGGUGCUGAGCUGGAAUGAGUACAGUAUCUAUCUUCUGGAUACCGUCAACCAGGCCACUGUUGCUGGUUUGGAAGGACUGGGUGAUAUUGUGUCUGUUUCCUGCACAGAAAAUGAAAUAUUUUUCCUAAAGGGAGAUAGGAACAUUAUAAGGAUUUCAAGCAGGCCUGAAGGACUCGGAUCCAUAGUGAGAGAUGGUCUGGAGACAAGAUGUUCAGAGCAGGUCCAUGGGCAGCAUUUGGAGAAGUCACUGGGGGCCACUGUUUGUGAGACAAGACUUCGAGGCUCUUCUGUGGCCAGUUCUGUGGCCAGUGAGCAACGGAGCAGGAGCAGUUCACUCAACUCCACGGACAGUGGCUCUGGGCUGCUGUUGCCCGGACUUCAGGCUGCCCCCGAGCUGGACCAGGGUAGCCAGCCAUCCUCACAGAGAUUCAGUAUUAUCAGUUCUGAAGACUUUGACCAGGAGCUCAUUGUGAAACCCAUCAAAGUGAAGAAGAAGAGGAGGAAGAGAAAGACAGAAGGUGGAACCAAGAGCACCUGCCACAGUUCCCUCGAGUCAACUCCCUGCUCCGAAUUCCCUGGUGACAGCCCCCAGUCCUUGAACACAGACCUCCUGUCCAUGACCUCAAGUGCUCUUGGCAGUAGUGUGGAUCAGUUGAGCACAGGGUCUCCAGACCAGGAGAGCAACCCCAGUGCUGAGGUGAAUGGGAUCCUGCAGGAAGACAAUGGCUCUGAAACGUUCAGUGUCCUAGGGGUUCCUGAAUCUGCCCUUGACCCAGUGGAUGAAGAGAAUGGCCCCAGAAAGGAACCUUCCCAGUGUGACCACACACAGGACAUGGACCUGCUCAAUGGAGUGUUGAAUUUACCCUUGCGGCUAGGGGAGAAUGUGGGAGGUAGUGACAUCAUCUCAGGACUGGAAGAGGAGCCUGCUCCUGCUGAUGAUGCAGCAGGACAUACACAGUUAUGCCUGAGAAAACAGGAGGGCUCUGCUGAGGCCCGGGAAGUGAACACCAUGGUGUUCAGUGAUCCCCAGAGCACUUUUUCUGAAGCCCCUCUUCUGGACUCACUUAUGGUACCUUCCCGCCUCAGCUGGCCCCCAGGUGCUGAGCAGUGGCUGCCUGGGAUUGGAGUUUAUGAAGUCCACACUGAAGAGACCAGCCCAGAGCCGGAUAUCCUGACCCAUGUGGAGGUCCCUAGCCACCUGAGCUCAAAUCCUUGGCAUGUAGUCACUGAUAAUGACACAAGUCAGAAAGAAAUACUCACUUCUGAAUGUGCCAUAGGAAAUGUGGAAGGACAGGUGACUCCUCUUACCUCUGCCUUGGUGGCCAGCACCCAUGAGCAUUGGCUGAACCAACCUUUCCAGGAUCAGGCAGCGACAUCCAGUGAUGAGGAAGACAUUUAUGCCCAUGGGCUCCCAUCUUCAUCCUCAGAGACGAGUGUGGCAGAGCUUGGAGCUGGUCGCUCUCUGCAGGACCUGAGCCAGCCAGGGACUGAUGACACCACACUGCUCAAGACAGAUCAGUUUGCAGAGAGCUGGAUGGGCUACUCGGGUCCUGGCUAUGGCAUCCUCAGCUUGGCGGUCUCGGAAAAGUUUAUCUGGUGCCUGGACUACAAAGGUGGCCUGUUCUGCAGUGCCCUGCCUGGUGCAGGGCUGCGCUGGCAGAGGUUUGAAGAUGCUGUCCAGCAGGUGGCAGUCUCUCCCUCAGGGGCUCUUCUCUGGAAGAUUGAGCAGAAAUCUAACCGUGCUUUUGCUUGUGGCAAAGUUACCAUCAAGGGAAAGCGGCACUGGUAUGAGGCUCUGCCCCAGGCUGUGUUUGUGGCCCUGAGUGAUGACACAGCCUGGAUCAUCAGGACCAAUGGAGAUCUGUACCUUCAGACAGGUCUCAGUGUGGAUCGGCCCUGUGCCCGAGCUAUGAAGGUCGACUGUCCUUACCCACUGUCCCAGAUCACUGCCCGGAACAGUGUGGUUUGGGCACUGACAGAGCAGAGGGCCCUCCUGUACCGGGAGGGCGUGAGCAGCUUCUGUCCUGAAGGGGAACAGUGGAAGUGUGAUAUUGUCAGUGAAAGGCAAACUCUGGAGCCUGUCUGCAUAACUCUCGGAGAUCAGCACACACUCUGGGCCCUGGACAUUCAUGGGAAGCUGUGGUUCAGAACUGGUGUGAUUCCCAAGAAGCCCCAAGGAGAUGAUGACCAUUGGUGGCAGGUGAGCAUCACGGACUAUGUGGUGUUCGACCAGUGCAGCUUGUUCCAGACCAUCAUGCAUGCCACACACUCAGUAGCGACAGCAGCUCAAGCCCCUGUGGAGAAGGUAGCAGAUAAACUGCGCAUGGCAUUCUGGUCUCAGCAGCUUCAGUGCCAGCCCAGCCUGCUAGGGGUUAACAACAGUGGCGUCUGGAUCUCCUCAGGCAAGAAUGAAUUCCAUGUUGCCAAAGGAAGUCUCAUAGGAACUUACUGGAAUAACGUUGUUCCCCGAGGAACAGCUUCAGCUACAAAAUGGGCCUUCGUGUUGGCUUCUCCUGCCCCUACCCAGGAUGGAAGCUCACUGUGGCUGUGCCAGAGCAGCAAGGACCUGUGCAGCAUCAGUGCCCAGAGUGUGCAGUGCCGCCCCUCCACAGUGCAGUUGCCUCCCGACGCCGAGAUGAGGACCUACGCUGCCUGCCAGGAUGCAUUGUGGGCCUUGGACAACCUCGGGCAGGUGUUCAUCAGGACGCUUUCUAAGAGCUGCCCCACAGGCAUGCACUGGACGAAACUGGACCUUUCCCAGCUAGGAAAUGUAAGACUGACCAGCUUAGCAUGUGGAAAUCAGCAUAUCUGGGCCUGUGACUCCAAGGGUGGAGUUUACUUCCGUGUUGGAACCCAGCCUCUGAAUCCCAGUCUGAUGCUUCCAGCCUGGAUCAUGAUUGAGCCACCUGUCCAGCCUGCCGGGGUCACCUUGGUCAGCGUCCAUUCUAGCCCCAAUGACCAGAUGCUGUGGGCCCUGGACAGCAGAUGGAAUGUGCACGUGCGGACUGGGAUCACUGAGGAGAUGCCUGUGGGGACGGACUGGGAGCAUGUGCCAGGGUUACAGGCCUGCCAGUUGGCACUGAGCACCAGGACUGUGUGGGCCCGCUGUCCAAAUGGUGACCUUGCCCGCCGCUAUGGCAUCACAGACAAGAAUCCUGCUGGGGACUACUGGAAGAAAAUUCCCGGAAGUGUGUCAUGUUUCACAGUGACCUCAUCAGACGAGCUGUGGGCAGUGGGCUCCCCUGGCUAUCUUCUCCAGCGACUGACAAAGACGUUCAGCCACUCACACAAUACCCCAAAGAACAGCCAGGCAGCCGCCUUCCACCCUGAGGACCUGGAGGAUGAGUGGGAGGUCAUCUGAAGGAGCCCCAGACAGCCAGUCGGGGAGGAAACUGAGGCUCUGUGAUGGAUGCUGAUGUUUCCUAGUGGCUCACUUGUGGACAUGCCUCAUCCACCAGGCUGGCUACCCCACACUUGCUUUCCUCUGUAUUUGUUUCCAUCUCAUUCCAGAACUCACAGCCUCAGCCAUGUGCCCGGAGCUGUCACUGUAGCAGCAGCACCUUCGACAUCUUGCCAAGGUCACCUCCAAAUGGGAGCAGUGGCUGCUGCUGCUCAGUUGCAUGCACUUUUGUUACCUGUGCACCACAGUAAAUUCUCUUCAGCAACUACAGAUCCUGGUGUGUGGGCCAACAGGGACACCGCCAUAGGCAGAUGAGUCAAAGCCAGGAAGAGUCAGGCACGUGUCCAAACAGGCCUGCUGGUUGACUUCAUCACAGAGUCCCUCACAUCUCUCUGAGGUACAGGCCACAGUGGACGUCCCACACUAGACAUUCCAGGUGGGAAAGUACCAUCGAGGAGGGAGGCUGGACUGUGCAGGGAAUACACGAACACAUCCUUGCCUCAUCAUGUUGCCCACACUCAGGGUAGCUGCCCACGUCAGCCAACACAACAGCCAAUUGGUGAGACAGAGCACAGAGGUGCCCAAAUGGUCCAUUUAGUCCAGCACAGGGUGCUGGUCAGACACAGUGGGGAGAGGCUGAACCAAUCUAUAGACAUCUUUGGAAAGACAUUUGACUAGUGUGCUGCUGGGCACCCUAAAGCCAGGCACUUCCUCAGAUGAUGAAUCUAGUAAAUUGCCUUCUCAUUUGUUGUGUUACAAACCUGAAUAAGAUACCUCAUUUUAGAUGAAAUCUCACAAAUUUAGAAGAUAAAUGUAUCUUCUGAAAACAGUGAAGGUCUUUUGUUCCUUCAGGAGGUUUAUCCUAAGCCCACCUUAUCUUGGUUAGAGCUUUGCAGGGGUGGCAUCCGAUCAUGUCCUCAACCCAAGAGCAGCCAGUGUCUUCAGUGGACAUGGCAUUGACUCCCCCAGCAGCUGGGAAGAAAGAGUGCCUCCUGCUCACAGUUGCCAUGUCCGUCACCAUGUCGGCACAGCAGCACUCUCUCCUCAGGCUUCAGGGCAGGCUGCCCACAGUGUGGCCUUCCCUGAGCCUGCUGCCCCACCUAGGAGGUCCCUGUCACUGCUCCACACUGGCUGCUUUUUUUAAUCCACCUGCUCCAGGCGGUUACUUGACGUCUGUUUUCUACUGCGCAUGUGUCAGGCCCCUCAGUCCCAGUGAAAGGCCCCAGCAGUCAUGAAGCAGAGGCUCCAGGUCUCAGCAAUGGUGAGCGGCUGAGACUUGACUGCACUUCAUUUUAUACACUCCUUUUUGUAAAAGUUCAGCAGCAGCCCCAGCUUGGCUGCGCCCCUUCUGUGAAUGGUGUGCCUUGCCUGGCUCCCCACAAUGGCAGCACUCCCUAAGCCCGCGGGGACGAUAGUGCAGUUAAACCCAAGUUAAGCGGACACCUCAAAACUACUUUGAGCUUCAGUGCUUUGUAUGAUUUUCUUUUGGGUUUUAUAUUUUAGUUGUACUUUGAGAUCAUGCAAAAUGUUAGACUUUUUCCAAACGUGAAGUCUGGUGACUGAGCUGAGAGGCCUGCAGCGGACCAUCUCCUGCUGGCCUGCAGAAAGCCCACCAGCCCAGCCACACUGCAGCAGAGCACCAUUGCCUGGUCUUGGGACCUGGAUGGUGUUGAGCCAGCUUCCCAGGGUGGGAUAGUGGGCAUUGGCUACUCCACAGAUAGACACACCCUCUGGCAGCCCUGGAGAGAAUGCUCCAAAGAAGGCAGAAUGAAGGGCUGUCCCAAGACAUUAGUCUUUCAUUGUUUUAAGACAGUCUUAUGUAGCCCAGGCUAGCCUCUAAUUCACCAUGUAGCUAGCCAAGGAUGGCUUUUUCUGAUCCUCCUUUCAAGUUCUAGGAUUACAGGUGUGCACCACCAUGUCCUGCUAAGAUGUCUAUGAGUAUAGCUCACUUUCAGAAUCCCCACUGGGAUGUUUCUCUUAGACAGAGGAAUUCUUAAAAUCAUGACAGUACCUACAUACACCCCCAGAUUACUGCUCAGGUCUCCUGACUUCAUGUGCCCUCCCUCUCUAGAACCCAGGAAGGAGAAUAUGGCUAGCCAGUGAGCAUAGCCUGGCAAAUCUGCUGACCUGUGCUGAUGCCACACACUCCUGGAGUCGCCCCAGCAAGGGCCAGCAUGGCACGUACAAUCCAGACCAUGGCCGGGCCCUCCCCCAAGCAGCCAGGCAGCACCCUAGGGCAUCACACACAGCAUUCCAUGGCAUUGCCAUGGGAGGAAACAACUGUACAGCUGCUGUGCCUACUGUUUCCAGUUAGCACGGAAAACCUGCCUUUGCCCUCUGCGGGGCAAGUGCUUUGUACACCCACAUGAUGGGACAGCCACAGAAAACCCGGAUGGAGAUUUUUACUGUUCAAAACGUAGAGCCUGUAAGUCAGAAAUCCAUGUGGGACUGGAGAUGUGGCAUAGUGGUGAUGGACCUAGCAUACACACUGCACCACAGGCCAAAAACCCUACCUGGGCCCAGAGCAUGCCCGAAAUCCCAGCACUCAGGAAGCUGAGGCAGGAUUGCCACAAGUUCCAGAUCAGCCUGGACCACAUAGUAAGAGCCUGUCUCCAAAACACUAAAUUUACAAGUAAACAAACUGAGAAAGAGACAUGACUGCUACAAGUGUGGCACCCAUGUUGAAUGUUCGCUGUGGGAACUUGUCCAGACGAGCAGGAACAAACAGGACAGAGAUGGGCAGAGGAGGUGAGGAAGCACUUCAGUGAAGGAGACCCCAAAGACACAGCCCUCUGGGAGAGCCUCCGAUGGGGCUUGGGUCCCAACGUCUCACACUUCUGCCACCUCUGAUCAUCUGUCUAGAAUAAAGCCAGAGCUGGGGUGUGUGUAUAUAGCACAGUGAUCCAGCACCGGCCUAGCAUGCUGCUGUCCCUGGGUUCAGUUCUCAGAAUGGCAACAAAGAAUCAAACAGAGGGAAGGUGCCCCAGGAUGUAUGCCAGCAGGGCAUACUGUGGGGCCCCACAGGGGAUCUUACAGCAGCUCUCCUGACCUGUCACUACAGCGUGGUUUACAGAUGAAGGAGGAGGACUCUGGUGGGGGGGGGCGGGUGCUUGUGCCUCACCCUUCAGGAGGGGCAGAGACAAGUUCUCUCUUGGGACAAGCAGUGAGCCAGUGAUUGUUUCCAAGUUUGUGUCUUUUUUAUCCUUUGAAUGUUGAGCCAUGUAAAUGUAUUAUUUAUUUCAAAACUAAAUAAAAUUUACAUUUUAGAAACUCA